AAUUGUUGUUUUGAAUUGAGUUCAGAAAAAAAAUUCUCGAAUUUUUCACGAAAACUGGGAAUACUUUCACGAAUUUAUUAAACCCGAGCACCAGAAACGAUUCGCAGUUUAGUUCCAGUGAAAAUCUCGCAGGAUGGAGGAAAUCUUGAACGAUAACGUGAUGGGCGAUGAGCUGGAGUGUUACCACGAAUUGUUACAGAAAUUCGAGAAAAAGUACAACGCAGAGCUGAAGCUGGGGCCGGUUUCGACUACAACGCAAUUCGAAUAUGCCUGGUGCAUGGUUCGGAGUGAGUUUAAAAGCGAUAUGAAACGGGGAAUAUCGUUGCUGGAGGAUCUGUUCGCAAAGCAUCCCGAAGGACGGCGGGAUUAUCUGUACUAUCUAGCUAUCGGACACGCCAGAUUGCAGGAGUAUUCGGAGUCGUUGAAGCACGCUCAGGCCUUCCUGGAGAUUGAACCCAACAAUCAGCAGGUGAUCGCACUGGAGCAGAUGGUAAAGAAGCGUAUGGAAAUCGAGGGAAUCAAAGGAGUCGCCAAAGCCACGGGAGCUGCCCUCGUUGUCGGGGGUAUUUUGGGCCUGGGACUGGCUUUGCUGAAGAAAUGAAAAUCAAAGUAAACCCUGGCCCGAUCUGAGCGCGCACGUUGUGCAAUCGGGAGGGUUUACUUGUCUCUACAUUGAAGUGGCUGUAUAAAACUGUAGGCAGCUGGGCUAUAGUUGAUCUAGGUUUAUGGGUUAGUCACAAUUUUCAUUGCGUUUGUUAUACUGUUCUGUUAUUAAGCUAAUGCACGUUCAGUUCACUGCAGCUAGCGAAGGUAUGCUAUCACAAUUGACCUGUGGUGAUGAGAGUGGGGUUGCUUUGAAAUUGAGUCAAUACGAGCCUAUACGUGCACCUAUUUCCUCGAUAACGAAUAUCAUAGCAACAUUGCAGGGUUGCAAACCAAGUUAAUGUGUACAAAAAUAAAUGUGGAUGAUAUAUCCUUGCCGGAUGCGGGUCAAUGAAGACAUCCUGUAUGUUUGCUAGUGUGAUAGUAGAUAAGCAGGAAUCUAUCGUUCUAUCCUUUUCCUCGUGGAUGGAAUCAAUGUAUAAGAUGAAUUAUUUAAAUUAUUUUCCAAUAAGCAGCUGUAGCGAUGCUGCCAUCGUGGAUGCUAAUCGGUGUAAUUUUGAUUAAAAUAUUCCAAAUAUAGAUAUAUUUUAAAUCAAGACGAA